AUGCGCCUCGCAUCUCUCCUUUCCAUUGCGAGCCUCCUCGUGCCGGCUCUCGCCGCAGACGCCGCACACUGGGCUUCCAUCGCCGCAUCGUCCCCCGACGGCGUCAUCCCUCUGACUUCGGCCACCUAUGACGAGAUUCUCUCUUCGGACCGCGACUAUGGCGUGACUAUCAUCCUCACUGCCCUGCCAGCACAGUACAAGUGCCAGCCAUGCCACGACUUUGACCCCGUGUUCCGCGCCGUGACCAAGAGCUGGACUCGUGUCCCCAGGGACGACCGCGACACGCACUUCUUUGCCCAGCUCGAUUUCCAGGACGGCCAGGCCAUCUACCAGCGUCUCAGUCUCGCCUCGGCUCCUACCAUCUACUACCACCCGCCUCUCAGCGGCGAGCGCAAGGCCGAGAAUGGCUCGCCCGUCAACUACGACCUCAACCGCGCUGGCCUCGGUCUCCCGGCCCUCCACACAUGGGUCAAGUCGACCACCCCGGUCGCCUUUGACAUCUACAAGCCCAUGAACCCUGUUCCCUUCAUCGUCGCGCCCAUUGUCCUGGCCGGCGUCCUCUAUGUCCUCUGGUCGGCCCGUGCCAUUGUCGUCCCCAUCGUCCAGAGCCGUCUUGUCUGGGGUGUUGCCUCCAUCAUCAUGUGCCUCACCUUCACCUCGGGAUUCAUGUGGAACAAGAUCAAGAACGCGCCUUACGUCCAGGCCGGCCAGGACGGCCGUAUCAACUGGAUUGCGGGCGGUUACUCGAACCAGCUUGGUCUUGAGAGCCAGGUCGUUGGCGUCCUUUACGGCGUGCUUGCCCUUUGCGUUCUCGUGCUGUCGGUUCUCAUCCCAUCGCAGGGCUCGCCCAUCAAGCAGCGUGUUGGCACCUAUCUGUGGCUCGGCAUGCUCAUUGUCCUCUUCUCGCUCCUGAUCCGCAUGUUCAGGGUUAAGAACGGCGGAUACCCCUUCACUAUUCUCUAA